AAUAAAGACAAACCUUUUUGUUCCUUGGGAAAAAAUGGAGCAUAUUGAAGCUGUUUCAGAAGGAGAAUGGCCCUCUCUCAGUGGGAUGUACAUUGCUGAGGAAGUAGAUUUCAUGUCCCAGUUGCUUGGAAAUUUUUCAAACCAAAUAUCAAGCAUGGGAAUAACUCCAGAUGCUUUUUGCUCUGGUGGUAACUAUGAAGGUUCACAUUAUUAUUCAUCAGAAACAUCUUAUUCAAAUUCACUGGAGGGUAAUUUUAGUGGUGGUAAUAGGACAUUUUACCCCACUUCAAGGAGUGAGAGUUACUACUUGAGUGAAUCUUCUCACCCCAUGUUGGUAACAAACAACAGCAAAAUCUCUAUGUCUAUUGAUUUUGGUGCUGGGGAUGUGAUCAAAACCCUAAAUUCCUCUCUCAUUGAAGGAGAUCAUGAUCAAUGCUUGAACCAAGAAAGAAGUGAUGGCAAUGCAGAAGAGAGUGGUGGAAACCCGGCUGAAGAUGGGGCCCUUGGCAAUCAGAGAUUUGAUAUGACUGCAGCAAAAGAACAAUCCCCGGAGGAAAUUAACCCCACCAAGAAUUCAUUGAAAAUAUCUCCAAGCUUAGAAAAUGUUCAAAUGAAGAAGAGGAACAUAAAGGCAAAGAAAAGCCGGCAGGUGACAACUAGCAACAAUGAAGAAGACGGUAAUGCCGCUGGGCUCAACAGACAGAGCUACAGUUGCUGCUCAGGAGAUGACCAGUCCAAUAUUGUUGCCUCACAUUCCCAUGAGAAUUCUCAGGAGCUGAGUGGAGGAGUUAGUAUUACUUCAACUUCAAGCUUGAGUCCAACAGAGGUUGCAGCUCUCAACUUGAGUGGCAAAUCAAGAGCUAGAAGGGGGUCAGCCACUGAACCCCAAAGCCUCUAUGCAAGGAAAAGAAGAGAGAAAAUAAAUGAGAGGCUGAGAGUCCUGCAGGGCCUUAUCCCCAAUGGAACAAAGGUUGAUAUUAGCACAAUGCUUGAGGAAGCUGUCCAUUAUGUGAAAUUUUUACAACUCCAAAUUAAGCUGUUAAGCUCUGAUGAUACGUGGAUGUAUGCUCCCAUCUGUUACAGUGGAAUGGACCUAGGACUUGAUCUGAAGCUCACCACACCACAGCAAUCAUAAAAAUUUUGAGAUCGGAAAAUGCUUUGGAACUCUAUACUUCUCUCAACUCUCAACUUAUGUGACAAAGUUAAGAUAACCGUUCGCAAAGAAGUUGAGUUCUACAGCAUUUUCCAUUAAAAAAAGAAUUAGUUAUGCAGAGUAGUGAAGUUCUAAAUAGCACUUGUCAAGUCCUAAUUAUUUUAUCGAAUCGUAGCAACUGAGCUGUGAGCUCCACUACCAAAACUAGAUCUCCUCCAAUGUACUCAUUUUUGGUUGAAUGGCUUGAUCAUGUUACCGUGAUAGGAUGAUUAUUCUGCAGAUGU